GCUCUGGCGUCAAUGGUAUUAAGACUGGAAGUAAGUCUAUCUCUUCUGUUUCAUUUGCCGAUGCUACCCUUCCUAACGGAAGUGUAUUAACUGCAUACACUGGUCCUGGUGUUUACACUCUUGCUCCUGGUAAUACUGUUUCUAUUGCUUGCAAUGGUGAAGUGUCAUCUGUUCCUGCCUUGUCAAGUAUUGCUUUACCUGCCGUUACUUCAUUACCCGCUGUAGAACUUACUAGUGGUUUGACUAUUAGCAGCUUCAAAGGUCCUGGUACUUACACUUUAGGUCCUGGUAAUGUUUUGACUGUUGGUCCUUCUGGUGACUUCUCAUUUGUUACCGGUACUGGCCCUGAAGGUAUUAAGACUGGUAGCACAUCUGUUCCAUCUGUUACUUUGCCUGCUGCUACUCUUCCUGACGGAAAUGUUGUAUCAAGUUUUACUGGACCUGGUGAAUACACUCUCGCUCCUGGUAAUGUUGUAUCUGUUGCAUCUGAUGGUAUUGUCUCACCUGUUUCAUCUGUGGUCUGCUCAGGUAACGGUUUACCUGCUGUCACCUUGCCUAACGUCGAUCUUGGUUCUGGUAACACUGUUAGCAACUACAAAGGUCCUGGUACGUACACUGUCAGUCCUGGAAAUGUAUUGUCUGUCGGUCCAUCUGGUGAAUUCUCUUUCAUCUCUGGCUCUGGCGUCAAUGGUAUUAAGACUGGAAGUAAGUCUAUCUCUUCUGUUUCAUUUGCCGAUGCUACCCUUCCUAACGGAAGUGUAUUAACUGCAUACACUGGUCCUGGUGUUUACACUCUUGCUCC